UAGCUCGGAAACGCCAUCUUACUUGGAAAGGGGGGUUUAAACGGGUUGAAGACAGGAAAACGGGGGCUGUGACAGGGAUUAAUAAUUAGGUUGUGAUAGUGUGUGAAUCUUUCUCAUAGCUCCGAAGUAGCGUCAGUUAUGGCUGUGAGCCUUUCUCCGGAAAAGUGAGAGUGCGCUUGGAAAUCUGCACUUGUCGGUCCGAAGCUAGCUUAGCCAGGCGGAGGGAGGGUGGAGAGUUCGAGGAUUUUUUUUUCCGUUGUGAAAGAAGUUAUUUGUUUAUGUUGUUCAACGCGGAUAUGUCCUCUUCAAAUCCAGACUUAACAGACCACAGUCUGGGUAUGGGAGCAAGUGGGACCCCGAACGGCGGGACUAGUGUCCCGAAAGGCACCAACAAAAGACGGGCAGCGCAAGAAUUUGACGAAGAUGAUGGAAAGUUGAUGAGAUUUGACGAUGAAACAGGAGGCUCAAACAAUGAAAAAGAGCGCUUUGCCAGGUUUCUGGAAGAAGAUCAGAGUUUUGCAGAUAAGGAAAAACUAGCCAGGGAGAAUCACAGUGAGAUUGAGAGGCGGAGGAGGAACAAGAUGUCUGCCUACAUCGGGGAACUGUCGGACAUGGUGCCCUCGUGCAGCGCACUGGCACGAAAACCAGAUAAGCUGACUAUUCUGCGAAUGGCGGUCUCCCACAUGAAGUCCCUCCGAGGAAAUGCCAAUACUAAUGCAGAUGGGUCGUACAAACCUUCGUUUCUCACUGAUCAGGAGCUUAAGCACCUCAUCUUGGAAGCAGCAGACGGCUUUUUGUUCGUGGUGUCAUGCGAGACAGGUCGCAUUGUUUACGUCUCGGACUCUGUCACACCUGUACUUAACCAGGCGCAGUCGGAAUGGCUGGGCACCUCUCUGUAUGAUCAACUCCACCCAGACGACACAGAAAAGCUCAGGGAGCAGCUCUCAACCUCGGAAAACAACAACACGGGGAGAAUGUUGGACCUGAAGACGGGAACCGUGAAAAAGGAGAGUCAGCAGUCAUCAGCUAGAAUGACUAUGGGAGCACGUCGAUCAUUCAUCUGCAGAAUGAGAUGCGGCACAUGCCCAGUGGAACCAAUGUCCAUGAACAGGCUAAGCUUCCUUAGGAGUAGGAACAGGAAUGGUUUAGGAACUCCCAAGGAAGGGGAGCCCCAAUAUGUUGUGGUCCACUGUACGGGAUACAUCAAGUCUUGGCCCCCUGCAGGUGAAAAAAAAAGUGUAUCAUUAACAGAAGAUGAAGCAGAUAACAAUCAGGGGAGUCGAUAUUGUCUAGUUGCCAUCGGGCGAUUACAAGUUACUUGUUGCCCUGGUGACACAGACAUCAACAGUAUCAGCGUUCCAGUGGAGUUCAUCUCCCGCCACAACUGCCAAGGCAUGUUCACCUUCGUGGACCAUCGCUGCGUGGCCUCUACUGGCUACCAGCCGCAGGAAUUACUGGGGAAGACUAUCCUAGAUUUUUGUCACCCUGAAGACCAGGGGUUGCUAAGAGACAGCUUUGACCAGGUGGUGAAGCUGAAAGGCCAGGUUCUUUCUGUCAUGUUUCGGUUCCGUGCCAAAUCAAGGGAAUGGAUGCUGAUGAGAACGAGCUCCUUUACUUUCCAGAACCCCUUUUCAGAGGAGAUCGAAUACAUCAUCUGUACCAACGUCAACGUCAAAAACUCAUCCCAGGACCCCCUCACCCCCAUCUCCUCUCCCGGGGCUCCGUUGCCCCUGGGUCAAAGCAGCCCAAAUGGCCAUCCUGUCGUGCUCAGCCCAGGCCGGCUGGCCACCAGACAGCUACAGCAGCAGCAGCAGCAGGCUGACCUGGAGGGAGGUGUAACAAGGGAUGGGAUGUAUGAGGCUGGACCGAUCUCUCUUCCACCCCAGAUGCCAGUACAGCCGGUGACAGCGGCGGGGCCAGACCACAGCAAAAGCAUAGAGAAGCCAGAGAUCUAUCCUCCCCUCUUCCAAGGGCCAAAUCAAUCCAAGACCAUGCCAACCAACCCUGCACCAUCUACUCAGAUCUACACCAACAACUUUUCUACUGGUCGCUCCAGUGAUUCUUACAGACCAGUUGGUAUUCCACCCCAGAUGACACAGCCAGCACACUCGGCAGCUCAGAUGCUGCCUCACAUGUCUCGUCAGAACGGAGCCCCCUCCGUUACCCCAUCAAGCACUAACGGCCCCCUACAUGGAGAACCGCCAGGAGGAUGGCCCGGGCCUGCACCAGCUGUCCGUCCUCAGUUUAAUAACCAGGUUGCUUCUCAGGCAGCGAAGGCAUUGUCUCAACAGUUUUCUCCAAUAGCGGGGUUCGGUGGUGGCUCUUCUAACUCCUUCAGUCAGAUGCCUACAGGUGCUGCUCCCACCCCUACAAAUGGCACAAACUACUCCCAGAUGAAUCCCCGCGCCACCCUCAACACAAACGGCUAUGAUGGAUCCCAAUCGGGAGCCCAGUUCCCAUCUCGAGCUGCAGAGACGGUGUGGCCUCAGUGGCAGAGCCAGCAGCAGCAGCAUCCUCAGAAUAACGGAGAGCAGCAUCCUCACGCUCAGGGAAACCAGGACAUGUUUCCUGAUGUGCUGUCAAUGCUAGAACACCCUGCUAACUUCAACAGUGAAGACUUUGAGCUUCCCAUGUACCCACCGUAUAACGAGUGACCUGGUCUGCAGCGCUCCGCUUACCUUCUUUCUCUCCCUGGGUGAAUCUUCACAUCCUCUGCUCAUGAACUCUUCCUCAGAUAGCGGCAGUCUUCCCUUUCUGUUUAUGACCUCAGCUGUUAAGCCAGUUAAAGAUGAAGGGAUAUUUUACUGCACAUAAAUGAAAUAGAAAAUAAAAAAAUGUACUUAAAAAAUUUAAUAUUGGUCUCACAUUAUUCCAGUUAUUGUAAGAGAUUGCUCCAGCUAGCACUACCCAAAGCUUCAUAUCGGUGUUAUAGACAUGUGAUAUCAGUAUGUAUGAAUAUAAAGAUAUUUUAAAAACACACAAUCGCACAACACCACUUGAAUGGACUGCACAAAACAAAAAACACUCUCCUACAGGCUAAAUAAGUACACACAGAAAAUGGCCUUUUUAUUGUAGUAUUUCAGUGUGUUUUCUCAGGAUCAAUAGAAUAUUUUCCUAUUUUACUCCUUAGCAGGUAUACUAAUUGUUUCAGACAACGAUUUUACAAUCUUGGGAAAUAACAGGGAUAUAAUUAAUCAUUUAAUUAGAUAAUUUUGUUUAUUUGAACUGAAUCCACUGCAUGUAUUUGCAUGAUCAAACAUAUUUUAACAUUUUGCAGCUUAAUGUGGAGAUAAUGUAGACAUGGUUGGCUUCACCAAUAAAACUUCUCUUUUUUUUUUUUACCCAUCGAGUUACUUAAACAAUGAAUGGCAGCAUUUUUCUUUUCAUUCAGUCUCUGCUGGUAACAUGCUUUUUCUUUUUUCCUCCCAUCAUUGCACACAGUAUAGUAAUCAAACGGCUGUGGGGUAUCUGCCUUGCUUCAUCUACACUGUAUUUGUGAGCUUUUUCUACUCUAUUUGUAAAAGAAAUGUAUAUGUAUAGAAAAAAAUCAUUAGCAAUAAGUGGCAAACAGGAAUUGUGUAUCUUUUAAAGCCAUUUUACCACUCAGUUUUUAUUUUUUUAAUAUUUUAAAAAUGCAGUGAUGUGAUUGUAAUUCUCUGAUUUGAAUUAUGCUUCCUAAGUAUUUUAUUGACCUAUCUGUCGCUCCUCACUCGUUGGUAUUUUACGGUUAGAUCAGGGUAUUCAUGAAUUAAACGCGUGGACCUACAUGUGAGAAUGUACAAACAGGUUAUAUCUUCUGGCUCAGUGUUUCUUUUUUUGUUUUCCUCUUGUGAUAUUUUUGCAAACAAGAUUUCUUCUGGACAGCUUUCAUAGAGGAGCGAUGUGAGAUGUUAAAGUGUUGAUUAAAGGUCGAGUGUUUGUCCUGGUCUGUGUUCAACACUUGCAAUAGCAGACUGUGUAGAUAAAUCCACGUUUUCUGAUCUUCCAGAGGAUGGCAUGUUGGUGAUUGUGUUUGUUCUUUGACGUUUUUUGUGCUAAAAGCAACUGAUUGCUCUGUAUCCAGGUUUAUCUUCACUCUUAGAAACACAAAUAUAUAAAUAUUCUGUAUAUGUUUAUGAAAUUUUAAGAGAAAUAUUUGUUUUUUUCUGUCUUUUAUAUUAAAUUGUUAUAUUGC